UUAUUAUCUAACUUAAGCCGCUAUGAGUAGUGUCUGCCAGUGCCAGCCGAGGCGACAGAUGUUGUGCAUAAUAGCAUGCUAACAGAAGCUAGCAUGUCGACUGUGCUAAAACGCUAGCUGCAGUAAAUUUAAAGUACUGUUAUAUCGUCUCACUGAGCUAACAUGAAGAUAGCGAGGGGAGAGAGGCAUAAAAUUAACUGAAUGUGUGCUCUCUCACGUAGUAAUCACUGAGUCCUGUGUUGUCGCUUGUGUUUAGCUCAUUUUACAUUCAUUCAUUAGCUUCGUCACAUUAGCUGAUGUUUGCCAGAGGUGGAGGGAAUAUCAGUUUUCUGGGGUGGACAGGAAAUAACAGAAUCACCUGCCUAACAAAAUACAGUUCAACAGCAACACAAACUGCAACCUCCUAAACAACCGUAAACUAUGAAUGUAGGGUCUGCAUACUUCAGCACUGGUCUGUCAACAUUUAAAGAGCAAGCAUGAGCAGCCUGGAUCAAAACCAGCAUCUCCAUCCCAGUUGCCGUGACAAAACAACAGUCUCUAGUGAUUCAUCAGGCACUCGUGAGCUUGCCAAGCAGCCUCUUCAAGGUCUAAAAUUGGCAUCACAUGCAGUGCUGGAGAAAGCGCAGCAGAGGGGCAGGUUGAAGUGCUCUAAAUGUGGAGGAUCAAGGAUGUUUUUCUGCUACACAUGUUGCUCAUUAGUGGGUGUCAGCCUGCAAGAAAUCCCCUUAAUCAAGCUUCCUGUGAAGAUAGACAUCAUCAAGCAUCCAAAUGAGACAGAUGGCAAGAGCACCGCCAUCCACGCCAAGAUCCUCGCACCCAGCGAUGUCACCAUAUACACCUAUCCCUGCAUACCUGAGUACGACAAGGACAAAGUGGUGUUGGUGUUUCCUGGUCCAGGGGCUGUCUCAGUUCAAGACAUGAUGCAGUGUUUGCACGACAGGACUGACAGCAGGUCACGUGACUUUGACAAACCCUGCAUUAAGAGGCUGAAAUGUGAGGAAGUUCAAGGCUCCACACACACCGCAGAGAACCCGGAGUUGGGGACCCCAGAUGAAGCAAAGGGCUUGGAGUCAAGGGCGUUUCCCCUGCAGAGGGUGGUCUUCAUCGACAGCACAUGGAACCAAACCAACAAGAUCAGCACAGAUGAGAGACUGCAAGAUUUGCUCCAGGUUGAGCUGAAAAUGAGGAAAACAUGUUUCUGGCGCCAUCAGAAGGGCAAACCAGACACCUACUUAGCUACUAUUGAGGCUAUUUAUUAUUUCCUCAAGGACUUCCACGAGCAUUGCCUCGCUCAGGAGUAUAACGGAGAAUAUGACAACCUUCUCUUCUUUUACUCCUACCUGCACUCAGUUGUCAACAAAGCCAAAAUUUCUGCCGGAAAAUGCUGAAGAAUGCUGUGAAGAAAAACUGAAAUCAGUUACAUGAGACUAUAAUGAACUGUAGCUGAAGAGUAGGUUUGCAUCCAAGCUCCAGUAUGCCUGGCUGAGUGAUAUUUUAUUUUGUAAGGGUGACUGCGACAUCUAUUUGUAUAAGUGAGAGAUAAAGCAUUUUUGUUUUGUCUUUGUUAAACAUGAAUAAAGUGUGUUUUAUACAUGAGUAAAUACAAGAAAUAUAUUUUUGAAAUCAAAGAUCCUACAGCAUUUUAACAAAACUGUCUGCAAAGUAACAGAGACAGUUAAUUGGGGUUAAAACAUAAAAUGUAAUAAUGUGAAAUAAAAUAGACUUAAAUAAGUUUAAAUAAUUUUUAUUUACAAAUCAGUACACAUUUAUGUUUGAGUUAUUCAUGUCCCUUAUUUUCCCAAAAAAUCAUCUCAUGAAUUGUAGGUAAUAGAAUCACAUUUGUUUGCAGACCCAAUAAAUCUGUUUUUCAAAUAUA